AUGUCGGCCAGCCCCAGAGCCAAAAGGAGGCAAGUCAACCUGGACUCCGCCGAUCUGAGGGUAGCGCUUGAGAACGACCUGGCCAGGUCGAGCUGGAGUCUUCAGUUAAGUCCGGACAACUCACCCAAUCCAACGAAUAGGACCAAAUCCAGGAUGAAGGAGUCGGUGAGCAGGUUCUCGCUUCCGGGCAGUCUAGCGGCGGCCAGAGGGCAGGAGAACAACGUCUUCAAAUUCCCUCAGACCACCAACAUUGGCAAGUCGGACAGCCUGCGGUCCUGCCGGCGCGCGGACUCUGCGGGCCGGCUGCACGAGGGUCGCGAGGGCGUCGACUACUCGAGCUUGGGGGCCAUCCCUAGGCGCACGGACCCGGAGCAGCCCUUCACCACCAGGAUCACCGAGCCCGAGUCAGACCCUCUCUCCCUCACCGCCAUACCAGAAACACCGGAUCCCUUCGGGCUCCACGCGGCGCAGGCGGGACAGCUGCAGUCCCCGGGCGUGGCGCCGGCGCAGGGACUCCACAGCGCGGACCACAGCCCGUCGCGGCGCUCCGUGCCGCCGCUCGUUCUGUCUCCGCGGGAGGGCCAGGUCGCCGACGGAAGCGCCGGGCUGGGCUCGCCGCUGGAGGAGGACUGCUGGGACGAGGGCGUCCGCCAGCACCUAGCCGGCUUCGCCGAGCAGCUGAGCGAGCGCCUGCUCGAGGAGAUCGAGCGGUACCGCGAGGACGGCGCUGUCCGGGACCUGGCGCGUCUGGGCGAGGAGCUGCAGGGCCUGAGCAAGCUGAGCCUAGAGCUGCGGGAGCGGCCCAGCGCGCCGGGGCCGUUCGACAAGGUGCUGGCCAGCCUGGCCAAGAACGUGGACUCGUCGUGCGAGCUGCUGUCGCGCCUCACCAAGAACGCGUCGCUGCCCAGCCUGCGCAGCGUCGACUCGUCCGAGGCGCUCACCGGCGUCUCGAGCCUCAGCAGCUCCAUCCGGUCGACGCGCAGCACGGACGGCGACUCGGCGCCGCACAGCGAGCUGGCCAGCGAGGCCUCGGACGCCGAGGUGAGCGUGAGCGCGCCGCCCCCGGGCCCGCAGGUCGCGACGCUGCAGUUCGCGCCGCGCCCCUCCGCCGUCAUGUACGCGGCGGCGGCGGCGGCCGACAGCGACGGCAGCGACCCGGCGCGCCCGGGGCUCAUGACGCCGCUGCGGCCCGGCUGCUCCAUCGAGUCGAGCGACGGCGGCGACUUCUCGGAGCGCACGGGCACGGGCAGCGUGUCGGGCACCGACAGCCGCCGGGACACGAGCUCGGCCAGCCACGGCAUCACGGCCAGCUCCGCGUCGCUCGGCAGCGCCAUGGAGUCCAUGAGCGACGCCUACGACGCGGCGUCCGACUGCAGCCGGGACGUGCGCUUCGCGGACCGGCGCACGGCGCGCUGCGACGGCCGCUCCAGCUCCGAGGAGACCCCCGGCCGCAUGCCGCAGCUGGUGCGGCAGAAGGCGGCCGUCCAGGAGCCCACCGAGGUCACCAAGACUGAGUCCUGCACCACCUCGCUGUCCGGCUCCACGUCCCAGGACUCGCUGCCCUCCGACAACGGCGGCGGCGCCAUCACCUACCACCGCUACUACCACGUGUUCAGGGAGGGCGAGCUGGACCAGCUCAUUGAGCGCUAUGUCGAGAACCUGCACAUCAUCUCGUCGUACUACGACCACACCAACUGGUGUGUCGUGGCGGAGAAAGUCCAAGUGUGGACAAUCUAGACUGGCUGGGCAGUUGGGCUUGGAUCGGAACCGGCGGGGAAGACCGGUAUCAGGGGUGAAAAUUUCAUUGUGUUCGGUUUUCGAUUAGCGCUCUUGCAUUUUCCAAGUCAAGGUUUAUGACUGUCCAUAGUUUCACUCCGUGAGACUGGUCCUCCACAGUUUGAGGUGUAAAUGAGACAUUGAAAAUAACAUAAUGUGAAUAACUGACAAUAAGUGAAACUUUUGUUUAUGUCUUGUAUGGGAUGUAACCUGUAACACGUUUAGGAUUGUUUUAAAGAUCUAAAAGUGAAUUUUUUUUAAACAAUUUUUUUUUAGAUCAUCAUUAGGGUGCCUUGUCAAGAACACAGCACCUACCUCUAAUACUCAAUUUAUUUACAAUGUUUUGACAAAAGAAAAGGACUUGGUUUAAAUCAACAAUUUUGAAAACAACUAUAAAAACAAUUGAAACAUGGUACAUAAAAAGAGUUCUGAGGUAUUUUCUGUGAUACACCAUUGUAUGGAUAGUUAAAGAAAUCUGUCUGAAAGUUCACUAAGAAAGGUUCUAAUGUAUCAAAUUUUUACCCUUUUUGUUUUGUGGGAGUAAUGGAACAAUGAAAGUCACAGGAAAUGCAUUAACAUCAGAGUAAAAUGUAAUAAUCCCACCAUUAUUCUUUUAAAAUUAACAAAAAACCAACCUAGACAAGGACAAGUUUGCCCUAUGUUCUGAUUUUAUCUUUGGAAGUAUCUCAAUCCUCAUUCCAAAAUGAACAAUCCAAUUUAGACUGGGUAUUUGUAACUAAGAAGUAAAAUGGAAAAUUCCAGAACUGAGAUUACUCAUGUUGGUCCUGUUAACUUUCAAGGUUUCCAGUUGAUGUUUAUUUUGAGGGGAAAGCUUGCAGAGGAUUCAUCUCUGAAGAACACAGUGCCAAGAGAAAAGAUUGGCCAAAUUGAUGUUGUGUACAUACAUAUUGAACUAGUGGCUAGUUUAAAUAUUGUUGAUGUUGUUACCUAAUUAAAGUGUGUUGAUAUUGAUAUUUUAAAUUUACUCUGUGUUACUAAAAUACAAUAAAAUUCUAUGGGGGGGUUUACGUUACGCUAUGCAUUUUGAAGAUGCUUGGCCAGAAUAAAUGCAUAGAAUGGAGGGCAGUAUGACUGAAGAACAAUCCGUACAACCAAGAAGAUGGAAAAGUAUAAAGCAAGUCUUCCAGCUUUUGGUAACUUCUGGCCAGUUCUUUUGAAGAAAUUUAAGCACAACUGAACGAUUAGUAUUUUCCCUUCAAAAGAAGGGAAACAGCUUUCUGUGAUGAUAAAGUUACUUUCUGUACUGCACUACAAUUAUGGAGUAUCAAUUAAUUAAUUUACUAUACCUCUUAUAUUCAUUUGUUCAAUCCCUAACCCUAGGUUUUGGAAAUGUAAUUAAGAUAUGCAUUUUGUGUGUGAUAUUGAGGGAUGUUAUAAGUAGAUAAACCUUUUUACAAUGUAACCCAUAUUUCAAACGUAAUUUUUUCUCUUUGGGAUACAAACAACACAGGUGAAGCAAGUGUCUCCAUACUAUUAAUGCAUCUUGGCAUGUUUUUUGUGGUUUUGGAAUGAAUAUUAUCUGAAUAUCUGAAUUUAAAUUUAAAACUAGUGAUUCUUGUCUUAUCAUAUUCAGAAAUUUGGUGAAUGUUUCUUGAACGUAAAUGAGUGUAUUAAUGUUUUUUCUGAUAAGUCUUGAUCUAAAAUUCAUGCAUUCGAGAUGAUUGGUGAUCAGAACAAUCUUAGGUAGUGUGUGCAUUGCAUAAUGAAGGUAAACACAGUUGUUGUUUACAAAACCGUCACUUUCAUUAUUUCAGAUUGUACAAAUUUUUUACGUACUGUAUAUAUUAACUGCCAAAUUACUUUGAAAAUGAACAUCUGCAGAGGAAGCUUGUACAAAUGAGAUAUUUUGUAAUGAAUAUACACUCUAGUGAGAACAUUUCAA